UCUAGUGUCACAUGACCUUUAUUUACGUAACGUAAUGGUUACGGAGUGUCUAACCUAGUCCUGCGGUUGUCGGUAGAUUUCAAGCGUACUAUAAACAAACAGACUUUCCAUUUAACAGAGCAAAUCUUAAGCUGUAUUUAGUCAUUUGUGCUUUGUGGAGUGCAUGUGGAUCGGAACAACGAGGUGGGGGGGAGGGCUCGGGUUUUUAUACUCCGCUCAGUGGAGGCAGCUGUAACGUAUACAUAACCAGAGACGCACCGUGUGAUCAGGAAUGGAUAUCGUUGAUGCAUUUAUCUGCAAGUAAAGCCAAAGUUAGACUAAAAGGUAAAGGCCAGUUUCCGGGCGCCAGGACCUAAAGAGUGGAGUUAAUAUAAGCGGCGGAGCUUUUGUUGAGUGAUCCAAAAAAGAGCCAUGGACCUGCUGGACUGCCCGGUGUGUGAGCUGAUCCUGUGUGAACCUGCGACCCUGUCCUGCGGCCACUCGAUUUGUCGCAGAUGCGUCGGGUACCUCCCGUCCAAAUGCCCUUUAUGCAAGGAGAGACUGAAGCAAAGAGAUACACAAAGCACCAAAAACAACGUGUUGUUGAUCGGCGUAGUUGAAAAGUGCUAUCCCCAAGAGACGAGGAUGAAGCGCAGCAUUCUGGAGAAGCUUAGAGCCAACGAAUUCACGGAGGUUUUGAGGAUCGCAGGCGAGGCUAUGUAUUUAGCUCCAGAAGAUCUGUCUUUCAAGCUGUACAGAGCAGAAGCACAUUCAGGGCUGAAACGCUACUCGGAUGCUCUCAGUGACCUGAGUGAUCUCUGCUCCCUCCACCCUGAAUGGAUUGAGGCCUUUCUGCUCAAAGGGAAUACACUGCAGGAGAUGGGCCGUCACACUGAAGCUCUGGCCCAGUUUCACCACUGCCUCACGAUCCGGGCUGACUUUAGCCCCGCCAAGAGCCAGAUUAGAAAGAUACUGACAGCAGAGGGGGUGACGGUGCCGGAAGAGCAGCAGCAUAUUCUGCCCUUUCUGUCCGAGUAUCUGAAAGAAGCCGGAGGCUCCCAGGGGUCCCUGAACUUGGACGGGGGGCCGGGCGGCCGUGGGCAGCGCACCGACAGGAGAUCCACGGGACGGGUACGGUGCAUGAGGAGGGUUGUGGGUUCCAGGGUGAUGGCCGACAGCGGUACAGAGUGCUGUCUUAGCCUCUGCCAAGCUGUCUCUUUCCUGCCAAAGCCUGAUGAGGACGAUGACACCCUGAUGAUGGUGAGGAAGGACGAUGCUCUGGGGAGAGGUUGUCGUGGCAAAGGGCGAGAGAAGAGCUUUUCUGUACUCUCCGUGAGCGACUUUGAGUGUCCUCUGUGCAUCAGGCUGUUCCACGAGCCAGUCACCACCCCCUGCGGCCACACCUUCUGCAAGAACUGUGUGAAGAGGAGUCUGGACCACAACCUCCGCUGUCCUCUGUGCAAGCAGCCCCUGCAAGAGUAUUUUGAGGAGAGGAAGUUCAGCAGCACGGUGCUACUCCAGGACAUCAUGGCACACCUCUUCCCCUCCCAGCUGGCUGAGAGGAAACGCAUAGACGACGCAGAACUGGCUGAACUUUCCAACCUCACCAAGGACAUCCCCAUCUUCGUGUGCACGGUGGCCUACCCCGGCGUGCGCUGCCCGCUGCACAUCUUCGAGCCGCGCUACCGGCUGAUGAUGCGCCGCUGCAUGGAGACGGGCACCAAGAAGUUUGGCAUGUGCAGCUAUGACCACAGCAAGGGGUUCGCGGACUACGGCUGCAUCCUGGAGAUCCACGCCCUGAAGCUGCUCCCUGAUGGUCGCUCCUUCGUGGACGCGCUGGGCAUGAGCCGCUUCAGGGUGCUGAAGAGGGGGCAGAGAGAUGGCUACCAGACGGCCGACAUAGAGUACCUGGAGGACAUCAAGGUGGAAGGGCCCGAGCUGGAUCUGCUGCAGGGUCUCCAUGACGACGUGUACCAGGAGUCCCUGAAGUGGUACCAGGGCAUUGGCGAACACAUCCGGGAGCGCAUCAACGCGCAGUACGGAGCCAUGCCCGAGAAGGAGGACAACAUCCAGACGUCUUCAGACGGGCCGGCCUGGUGCUGGUGGGUUCUGUCGGUGCUCCAGCUUGACUCUGCCUACCAGACCACCAUCCUGUCCCUUCCCGCCCUCAAAGACCGUCUUGGACACCUGCGCCGCGCACUCGAGUACUUCUCCCAGAGCUAGCUCGGCCCGCCGCCGCAUGGUCGGAGAGCUAUACGAUGCCAGGUUAAAUAUGCUAAUUUCCUUCUUUUUUUUUAAGCAUUACUCUUUUGGACAUGCUCACACCGAUACAUUUCGCUACCUAGAGGCACCACAGUUGCAAUGCUGGGCUAUUUGUGGACUUUCACAUGCAAAAUAACAUGGAUAUAGGGACUUGUUUGUUUACGUGGUGAGUUGAGGUUUAAGAUUAGCUUGAUCAUUUUGUUUAGAUGAGAUAUUAUUAUUAUUAUAUAUACAAAACGCUGCUCUACAUAUAUUUUAAUGUUUGAUUUAUAAUUUUGGCACAAGACACACUACUUAUUGUUUUUUUCUAAUGGAGCAGCCCAUUUUAGUUUCCCUGAACAAUUAGAUAUUGAUAAAUAGGCCAAAGACAUGUUUGUUUCAUCUGGCAUUCAUGGUGAAAAAGUGGAUGUUGAUGGAUACCAGCUCCAUUUAAUCGAUAGUUUGGGAAUGCCACUAGGGGGCGUUGUUCUAUAAAGCCAUAAUAUGAUGGCAAAUAGACUACGCCCUAUUACACAGUUCUUAUGCAGACCAAUUGCAGAGCAGUAUGAGGGACCCUGCCCUUAUUACCCACCUUCUUUUUCUUUUAACAGUUUGUCAUCAAAUAAAAAACUUUCACAUCCCCUAAUGACAACCUGAUGAAUAAGAUGAUCUAAUGUGCCUGUUGCGAACAUUAAGUGUUUAUAUUGUGUUUAUAUUUCAUUAUGAUUCACGCUCAGGGCUGGACUGGCCAAUGGGCACACCGGGCACUUAAACGUAUCAUUUUGUAAAUGUAUUUCGCUGUCCACACGGCCCCUUAACACCAUUACAGGCCGAACCAGCCGAGGUCACAUCAUGGCCGUACGCAGACGGUCGCGGCCUCACCGUCGCAGCGCAGCCAUGCCGUAGCCUUCCUAGUUCUCCCAUCGGCCCACAGUCGUUUUGGAUGCUGUCUAAAUAAGGCGGACCAGAUCCGUUGCAUUUCGUCCUUAUCAUAACACAUGGAAGGUUGACAGUGGUGUAAGUAGGUCAUUAAACAUAUAAGAAAUAAAUAUUGGUCAAAUUCUACUUUUAUCACAUUUAUGAUUCCAUCACCAGAACAUUUCUAAAAUUUUGUUUUAUUUCGAUCAACAUGAAUCUCCCGAGUCCGAGAGCACAUGCAGUGAUUCAAAUCUUAGUGGCCCAAGGGUCGCCAACUGCAAAGCCAACACUGUUCUGUGGGACCGUGGCCGGUUCAGGUUCAGGUCCAGUCUGGCUCCAAAUGUCCCAGGGCUAGUGGUGAGUGCUGAUCAUCCACCAGGUCGCUCAUCCUUCUGUUUGGCAAAAAACUGCUUAAUUUCUAUGUUCAUUUUGUUAUGGUCGGGGUGAGGAUUAGUGGUUAUGAAUAUUAGGAACGGCUGUAAAUAAUUAUGUUUUACUUCAAGUACAGAAAUUAAAACAUAAAUGCCUUCAGCUUGCUGUUGCGACCCCAACAGUAGCCCCCAAAAAACCUGCCGUAACUAAAGCUCUCUCCAAGGUUUCCUGGCAGUCCUGGAUAUAAGAUCAUACGUGAGAGGGGUGUGGGUAAUUGCUGGCCAAAAAAAGACAUGCCCUUCAGACAGAUGCUGCCAAAUUUGCCAAACUGUGUGAUAUGUUUUUUGCAAACUUUAGCAAAGUGGGACACGAGUGCUGAAGAACUUAAUCGGGGCAGGUUCCUCCAGGCACAUCAAAAAACAUGUGCAGAGGAAGAAAAAAACAGGCCUGGCAUUUGGCCUGGACUUGUCCACCUUGGGCUGGGCCGGUCUAGGCCAGAUGCCAGGGCUGUUUUUUUUUUUUUCCUAGUUCAGCCCUUUUCAUGCUAUCCCAUAUAAAUGCCUGAUCCUGAACUGGGUGAAAUGACUCUUUAAAGACAACCAUAUAUCAGCCUAUCCGAGGUGAAUCGUGUAAAGCCACUGCAUGUGCUGCAACAGGUUGAAGACAAGACUAAAUUAUUAUUAUUAUAUGUUCUGAAUUGUAAGGCACUGAAUGCUGUACAUACACCCAAUGUGUACGCAUACGCUUAGUAUGGUUGAUAUUUUAUGGCUACCAAAUCGAAUCUAAUGACGGCUGAAAGACAUGGAUGGGAGCUUCUUUAGAUUGACAUGCUACUUAUUUGAUUAUUUUCAUUAUUUAUCUUGUAUACGGCUACUUAAAGCAGUGUGUUAGACAAGCUUUUGGCUAGGUUAUAUUAUGGAGUGGUGAACCAACACUGUCUGAAGAAAAACAGUGGGGACUGGCUACCAACUCGUGUUUGAUAACCCAUUUUUCUUUUCUUUUUUUUACAAUAUAUGUGCCAUAUAUUCCUUAUAUUCACCUAACUAUUUAUAUUAUAUUGUUUAUGAGCAUUAUCAUGUAACAGUGUUCGGUUCAAAGUGUGUGUGUGUGCGUGCGUGUGUGUGUACAUCAUGCUCCAAUUCAAAACAGUAGUCGGAGCUGCAUGGUAAAUACUCAACAUUGGCAAACCUCACUAUUGUCUUAGUUCAAAGCCAACAUCAGAGUUGGCCGAUGGACAUCGUAUUGCUUUUAUUCAUUGAUCAAUGGAGAAGCCAUGGAACGCAUCUUUUAUUUUAAACAAUUACAGCCGAAGCCCUCUUCUAUCAACCGUAUAUAACCACUUGAAUUACUUGUCACGUAACCAUUGGCUGCCAUUGCAAGGGUAUAACCCAAGUCGUAAAAGGGAUUGACGCUCUUACAUAGUCAACACAGGUUCACUUGGGGUCUCCCUUCAAGAGGGGGAACAGGCCUUUGGAGGGUUCAUCUUUGGGUCCAUAAAACGCACAUAUUCUCAUGGCACUGGUGACUUCAAUCCUCCUCCAGAAUAACUCUAUUUUUGCACAGUGAAAAGCAAUUUUCACGUUACUUUCUUUUUGUACUUGUUCUGUGCUUUGCAAUGGACUUGUCCAUCUGUCACUCACUUAGUUAAACCCUUUUAAAUAAUGCAAAAAUCUUUUUGUAAAAAGUAAUUGUAGUCCAGUCCGGUGAAGCAGAGUAAGAGUUUCUUCCACUGAAGUGUCUAGUUUAAUCAAAGAUUAAUUAAAAGUAGAAACAUUUAUGUCCAUUAUUUAAAUUUCAACUUUUUAAUACCUUUCCAAAUACUUACUUUAAAUAAUUUUCCCUAGUGUUCCCAACGUGUAAUGUGAGCCAAGCGAACCCCUAUCGACUUGUGUUACUAAUUUCGAGCUUUCAAACGUCUAUAUAAUAACAUCAAAUUGGUGUGGUGUCAGGUAUGUGAGACUAAUCAAAGGUGCUAAGCAAAAACAUCAAUGUAUUUGGAAUAAAGGCGCAUAAAGUGAAGAAUAGAUUGAGUCCAGCUUGGGAACACAUGUUGGAUUUCUUGUGUAAGUGCUGGCGGUCUGUUGGUUAAGUCAGUUGGACUCCCAACACAUGUCAAUGAACAGGGAGUCAAAGGCAUUCAGACACAACAGGGGGAACCCUUGCAUUUACUAGUCUGUGUGACUGAGCCAUUCUGAGCCACUGAGCUAUGUUCGUCAUAUUUAGCCUUCUUAAGAUGACAAUGAUUAAUAAGGUGGAUAUUUGUGAUUGUUGUUUAUUUGUCAAUUUUGUUGAUGCUUUUUCUUGUAUCUGUUAUCCCUGCACAAUGUCAAAAAUUUGAAUGUAAUAAAGAAAAAUAAUAAUAA